AUGGCGUCUGGCCAGAAAGCAGCCCGGGUGGGCGAAGAGGUGUGGAAGACGCGAGUCGAUAAAGUCAAUGCCGAGCUGGUCACUCUCACUUACGGCACUGUUGUCGCUCAAUUGUGUACCGACUACGAGUACGAUUAUGUCCAAGUCAACCAGCAGCUCGACAAGAUGGGAUACAAUAUCGGCAUGCGCCUCAUAGAGGACUUCCUGGCAAAGUCAAACAUCGGUCGCUGUGGUAAUUUUAGGGAUACUGCAGAGAUGAUCUCCAAGAAGGUCGGCUUCAAGAUCUUCCUCAACAUCACCCCAACUGUCACCAACUGGACUGCGGACAAUAAGCAAUUCUCGCUUUUGUUUGACGAAAACCCCUUGGCCGACUUUGUCGAACUUCCUGAUGAUGGAAGAGCUCAGGAUGAGCUGUGGUUCUCGAACAUAUUUUGUGGUAUUCUACGUGGAGCAUUGGAAAUGGUCCAAAUGUCCAUCGAGGCUCGCUUUGUGAGCGACGUCCUCCGAGGCAACGAUGUUACAGAAAUGAGGGUCACUCUACUCCGAUACACUGAAGACGAGAUGCCACCGGACGACGAAUAG